AUGUCCGUUUCAGGCGAUAACCGGUCAACACCGGUAGACUCGUCUUCCGACCACGAGGUUGAGAAGGUUGAGAUUCAGCAGACGGAAAAGGUUCUCGACGAUGCGGACCUUUUGAAUGAUGCCUUUGCGGGUGAAAAUAAGGAGCAUGAGAUGGGCGUUUGGGAAGCGGCUAAGAAACAUCCUUGGGCUUGUUUGUGGGCGUUUACCAUGUGCUUUACUAUCGUCAUGGAAUCCUUCGACAUGUUCCUCAAUGGCAACUUCGUCGCCCUGGGCGCUUUCCAACGGCGAUACGGUGUCCCCCAUGGCGAUGGAUACGUCAUCCCAACUCGCUGGCAAAGUGCCCUCUUCCAAUCCGGUCAAUGUGGUGCUUUCGUCGGUGUCUUCGCUGCUGGCCCCGUUACCAAUAGACUCGGAUAUCGCUGGACUACUAUUCUGGCUCUUGUUCUAAUGAAUGCGACGAUCUUUAUUUCCUUCUUUGCUGACUCACUCACUCUUCUGGUCGUUGGUCAAGCACUGGAAGGUGUUCCAUGGGGCUUCUUCAUUGCCAAUGCCCCUGCUUAUGCCAGUGAGAUUGUGCCUCUCUCCCUGAGAGGUGCCUGCACGGCCACGCUGCAGAUGUCGUGGUCCAUCGGUUCGAUCAUCGUUGCAGCUGCUACUUAUAGCUACAACAAGCGCGAUGAUGAAUGGGCCUGGCGCGUGCCCCUUGCUUUGCAGUGGAUCUUCCCCUCUAUUCUUUCCGGCUUCGAUCAUGUAUGGUAUCUUGAGAAGAUGCUAACCCUCUUCGCCACCCCAGACCCCCCCCUCAUGAUCCUUCUCUUCUUCGCCCCCGAGUCUCCCUGGUGGCUCAUCCGCCGCGGCCGCAAGGAGGAAGCUCUCCGCAGUAUUGAGCGUCUUGGCGAUGGUAGCUCCGAGACCGCACAACAGUCUUUGGCCAUGAUGGAGCGCACGGUCGAGAUCGAGGCCCAGAUGGGGGGUUCCCCAACUCUCCUGGAUCUGAUCAAGGGCACUGAUCUACGACGCACGAUAAUCACGUGUCUUAUGUAUGCGUCGCAGAACUUUGCGGGAAAUUUGAUCGCUAACCAAGCGACAUUCUUUUUCGAGCAAGCCGGAAUCUCCCCCGAUAAAUCUUUCCAACUUAACCUUAUCAACUCAUGCCUCCAAUUCGUCGCAAACGCCCUCUCCUGGUUCUUGACCCCCUACUUCGGCCGCCGCACAAUCUACCUCUGGGGCACAGCCACGAACGUCACGUUCCUCUUCCUCCUCGGCAUAAUCGCAUCUAUUCCCCAAAGCAACGCCACAAACUACGCCCAAGCCAUUCUAGGAAUAAUCAUCUCCUUCGUCUUCGCCGGUACUCUCGGUCCUAUCUCGUACACUAUCAUUUCCGAGACUAGUUCUGUGCGACUGCGUGCGCUUAGCACCGGUGUCGGCCGUGCGGCGUACUACGUUGCUGAGAUCCCGAUGAUUUAUCUCGCUUCACAGAUGUUGAAUGGUACUGGUUGGAAUUUGGCGGGCAAGUGUGGUUAUGUUUGGGGUGGGACAGCUGUUGUGUGUUGGAUUAUGGCUUACUUCUUCUUGCCGGAGUUGAAGGAUCGGUCGUAUCGGGAGGCAGAUAUCUUGUUUAACCGCAAGGUUCCGGCCAGGAAGUUUAAGAGUACUGUUAUUGAUGUUCGGGAGAAUGAGUAG